GGCCACUAGGGGCAGAAUAGAGCCAAUUAUAUUUUUUCCCUCUAGUCUAGACCCUAUAAUAGCGCGCAGGCUGGGCUCCCUCCUCCCUUUUCUCCUUCAUCCAUAGGGAUGCCUUUAGCUUAUAGAUCCUGGAGCAUCCUUCCCUUUAUGUAAAGGGGGAGAAGCCAAACGCCAGGAAGGCGGGGAGCAGGGAGCUGGGAGGAGAUCCAGCGGAGCUACCCAGGCACCAAGAUGUGACAAUGGCACAGAGGAGUCCCAGGCGCCGGUGAAGGAAGAUGGUGCAAUGUUGAAUGGGGAGCUGCUCUCCUCCUCCGAAGCAAGGAUGCGUCCAGUCCAAAAGUCCUUGUGUGUGCUGAUGGUGCUGACAGCAUCUCUGGCAUUCCUCUACCUUCAUGUGUGGUCACCAAAGCCCUAUAGCACAGUGGACCUGAGACGUGGGCCUGUCCGGAUGCCGGAACAGCUGUUGAACAGCCACCUCCUGGUGCCGGAGAAGAAAUAUGCCCACAUUGCUUUUCGGAUAAAGGAGGAGAUUCUGGAACUCCUUCCGAAGAACUCCUGCAAGUGUGAGGUGGAGCCGAGUAUCAACCUCCCAUUCCAGAAACAGCUGUUUGGUCAUGUCUAUUCUAUAGAAUUUGCAAAUGCCUUUAAGCCUUCUGAACUUCCCAAAAUCAACAGCAAUCGAGAACAGGAAUACCGCAGUUACCGACAGAGGUCACAAUCCCCAGCUGACCAAGUCCUCAUAGUUCGAGCCAACUCACCUCUGGAGUAUCCAGCUCAGGGAGUGGAGGUCCGUCCCCUCCAGACCAUUCUCAUCCCAGGCCUGAGCUUGCAGGCAGCUGAAAGGACAUUGUAUCGGGUGAACUUGACAGCAACAAUGGGAACCUUUGAUGUGGCUGCAGAAGUCGAUGGUGUCAAGGUGGAAGGAGAAGGUGGGAUGCUCCUCGCCAUGUGGGCAUCCCAGCUGGACAAUCUCAACCGACAAAUGCAGUUUGUCACCUACACCAACACGCUCUUCCAUCCCAACACAGCAGAUACAGUGCAGUUUUCUACCGAUGAGCAUCAUGCAACUUUCAUAAUCCGCAUCCGCCAUGCACCGACCCCCAGACUCUACAACCCAGGAUCUUCCAGUGGAGGAAACAGUGGAGUAGAAUAUAAUAUCAGUGCGCUGGUCACAAUAGCAACCAAGACCUUCUUGCGCUAUGACAAGUUGCGGGCGCUGAUCAACAGUAUCCGCAAAUUUUACCCCACGGUGACCAUCAUCAUCGCCGAUGACAGCCAGGACACUGAACAUGUGCAGGGCCCCCACAUUGAACAAUACUUCAUGCCAUUUGGCAAGGGCUGGUUUGCUGGCAGGAACCUUGCUAUAUCCCAGGUGACCACCAAAUAUGUUCUGUGGGCAGAUGACGAUUUCAUUUUCACACCUCGCACUAAACUGGAGAAGCUGGUAGAUGUUCUUGAGAAAACAUCCCUGGAUCUGGUGGGUGGAGCAGUACGGGAGAUCACUGGCUACACCACCACAUACCGACAACAGAUCAGUGUGCAGCCCGGUGAUGAUGACGGUGAUUGCCUACGAGUCCGCCAAGGCUACCACCAUAUCAUCGAAGGCUUCCCUGACUGUGUGGUUACCGAUGGUGUGGUCAACUUCUUCCUGGCACGUACAGAGAAGAUGCUUCAGGUUGGGUUCGAUCCUCGCCUCAGCCGGGUUGCCCACCUUGAGUUCUUUAUUGAUGGCCUUGGCAUCCUGCAUGUGGGCUCCUGCUCGGAUGUGGUGGUGGACCAUGCUUCCAAGAUCAAGCUGCCCUGGCUGAAGACGGAGAGCGAGAAACAGUAUGCCAAAUUCCGCUAUCCCAACUCAAGUGAUGACAGCACCAACGUGAAGCAAAGGCUCUUCUACUUCAAGAACCGUUUCAAAUGCAUGACAGGCAACUAGUAUUCCAUUUGGGGCAUCUGGCCCAGCCCCUGACUGCUGGCUAAAUCCUCAGGCCAUUAGGCCUACUGAUCUCAGGCAGCCUACUCAGGCACCUGGCCACAACCCUGGGCAAAUCGUCUUCCCUGUCAACUAGCCAAAUCCCCAGAGCUCAGGGAGGUCUUGGCAUCCUUAGGCCUGAAGAGUGGUUUCAGAAAUUGGUUGCCACUCCUGCUGUGAGAAAAAAACAAACCGAAAACACUUUUUCAAGUGGGAUGGAAAAACUGCACUGUUUUGUUUCUGAGCUUGCACUACUGUGUUACUGUUUUUAGUGGAGCAGGUACUGCUGCCUACACUUGCAUUUGUUUGACAUAUUAUGAACUCAAAAUCCUAGAUGGGAAGUGAUACUGGUGCCUGGCCCUGUGAAGCCCUGGGAAUUUCCAUUUUUCUACUCUGGUUGAAAGAAAUGUCUGGCCUCUCUCUGCCCUGCUUCUGCCCCCCCCCCCCUCC